AAAUUUAAAAUUAGACCUCAAAGGAAUUACGUCAUCGGUAUCGCGGGCUUCCGGCAGACACGUGAGAGAAUCACACUCAGAAGAAAAGGGACAGAGAUAGAGAGAUAGGUUGAAAUUCAAUUUAAAUAAAUGCAUUCAUAGUUUUCAACAGGCGGGUAUUGAAAAAAAAAAAGAUAAUAGGAUUAAAGAUAAUAGGAUUUAGGAGCGCAUUUCAGAAGGCCGGCAGACAAAUAAUGUGCACGGUUUCUUGCAGUAUGGUGGUUGUUUUGGGUCUGGUGCCUGGAAACGUGAAAAGUAACGUGACGUUAUGAUUUAGUCAAUUAAUUUGCAUUUUUGAGGUUAUUUUAAUUAGUGUUCACUUUAAAAUUCACAGCAUUGCAGAAAAUGUUUAUUUUGUUUUUUUCCCCUUUUGGAUUACUUAUUUUUGAAAUAUGAAUGACGUGAGUUAAUUAAACUAGUUUUUAUAGUAAGUCUGUAAUUGCGGAAACACCGAUUAGGAAAUAAACACGUGGGUGUAGUAGGUAUUGUAGGCGUGCAUUUUGUAAGAGCCGUGAGUGUUUUUGAGUUUUUCAUAACGGUACUGGUUUUGUUGAAAGUGAGAUGUAAAGUAACAACACUACUUUGAUUAUAUGGUGUUCGCAUAUAAAUAGUUUAAAAUAUCAACGUCUUUGUGACGCAUUUAAAACGUUGCGUGAAAGUUGUCCCUUUAUAUAGAUUAUAGAAAAUGUAUUGAGCAAACCACGCCACAGUAAAAUAACUUUAUGUAUUGUAAACCUAGUAAAUUUUGUGUUACUGGUUACAAAAGCGAGCAGCGUUUUAUAAGGCUGUGCCUUGAUAAAGGUUUAGAAAAGAAAAAAAAAUGUUCCCCUCAGCGUCUGGAAGAAUAAAGUUAAACCGAACACCACCUAGUGGUAGCUGCAGUGCCACGGUUGCAUUGCCAAGGAGAAAAAGAUUGUCUUCGGGUUUAAAAUGUCCGGGAACAGUGUUGAAAGUAAAUGGCGAAAGCUCGGGGAAUUCGGAUGGGUUAGGCCUGACCAGUCCAUUGUUAAAUCAGAACACGGAAAGCAUACAAACUUGUACGGCCGAAAAUAACAGUACUAGCAUUGGUUCUCAAGUAGAAAUAAGUGAACUUACUCCUGCAGUAAAGACUGAGGCGACCAGUAUUUCAAUGGAACGCGAAACUGAUAGAUUACCUAUAGAGGGGAAACGGAUUAAUGAUAUAAAACAUGGAUUGUUGGAGACGUCUGCGAGAGCAGGGUCGGAGCAAGAAGCACAGGCCACAGAAGCAGAGAAAGACGUACAGAGUCAAGAUGUGCAAUGCUGCAAAGACCAGGAAAGAAAAAACUGCCGUGAACAGGACUUGUACAGUGGCACACAGGAAAUCAACUGUUGAAAAAAGAGCAGGACUGACUCUGAGAAGUUCAUUGCAGCAUCAAGAAAGCGUGUCGUUUUCUUCAGAAAUGUUGUCGCUGGAUAAAAGAGUGAUCAGAAAUACUUGCUGUCAGACAUGCAGCGAGGCAAAAUACGUUAACUUGAGGCCAACUAAAGAUCCUUGUCUGAAAACCGAAACAAAGGCUAACGAUGUGCGCAUUAAGCGAAAAACAUGCAUUAGUCAACAAGGGACAGUCAGAAAACUUUCAGGGAAAAACAAUUUUGAAGGUGAAAAGUAUCCCAUUGUGAAACUGUAUGAUAUAGCUAAAAGAUCAGGAACACUUUUUUAUAAUUGCAGCUGCAAUUGUGAUUGGUUUGCUGCAGCAAUGGGUAACACUAAUAAAGUUAUAAGAAAAAGAGACCUUGAAUUCACAGAUGCACUUACUUGUGUUGGCAGCAGUGCAGGCACUAUUGACAGUGUAGCACAGGACAGUGCCAGUAUAUCCCAAAACUCAAAUAGUUCUGCAUUUCAGGAAACGGCAGACUUUUUCCCGUCUUGUGCUGAAAAAUGUAGUGGACCUGAUCAGGGCAGAAGACAUCUCCUUAAAAGACUUAAACUCUCUUGUGAACUGAGUGAUGUGCCUGAUAAAGCUGUUGCAGCUGAGAAUGAAGAGAAAAUUGACACAGAGCGCGAAAAUGGCACUUCAAAAAAGAUGGAACCUAUUUUUGGUAAAGAACUGAGUCCUUUAUCUGAAUGCAAACUAGUGCCUUCUAAAAUACUAGAGUCCUGUAAUGAUGUUGCUGAUGUUCUGCGACUACUUGACAAGAGAGAGAGGGUCAAUAACUGUGAUAGUAGAUCAGAAGACCUACAGGGCAGCCAGCAUGGAGAUGGGUUCAGCAAUGCUGAAAGCUCUUAUGCAUGCAUAAAGGAGAAAUCGGAUACUGUUUACCACACCCCUCAGUCAGAGAGCUGUACAAUAGAAGAGAUUCUAGACGUAGAUACAGGAGACAGUUUUGGCAGCGAAAGUGAAUUAUUUAGUUGUCAAAGAACUACACCAUACUCAGGAUGCAUCCCUGUCUCGUGUGCUAGAACAUGCCUUACAUGGCCGCUACAGAAAUGUGUGUUUUCAGCAGUGAUGCCAGAUAGCCAGACUGCAAUAGUCACCAUUUCACCAACUUCUGGACCAUCAACACAUAAUGAGCCUCCAGGGCAACCUUUGAGCAGUUCUUUAAGUGUCAAACCAAAUCAAACUAUGGAUAAUAAAAUAAAUGAUUCAGCAUCCAUAGUAAGUGGACUCUCUGGUGCUCAAGGAUAUUCUACAAAAUGCCAGUUCACACUCCAGCAGGAGGAUGGUGCUAAAUAUUCUCAGAUUUCUAAACCAGUAGAAGCAACUAGUUACGUUUGUCCUUGUACAGCUACAAUUGACAGUGUUGGUGAGGUUCCAAGUACAUUCUCAAUGGCACCAGUAGAACAAGAGCAGACAAACUAUAUUUGUAGUCCUUCACCAUACAGUCUAACCCACAUCAGCAAAGAAAGUGAUCUCUACAAUUGUAACUUAAGUAACAGUCUGAACUUCUCAGUGGAUGAUUUCCUAGAGAGUUUAAAGAAGCCAAAGUCACAGUCUUUCACGAUUCCCUUAAUUAGCAACAAGUGUAAUGGUCCAGCACAGCUGGAAGGAUGUCAGACAUACAACCCACCUGAUGUAAAUUCUGCUGCAUCACAAGUAGGGCCGCUCAAGAAGAAACCGUUGGUUCCGAAUUCUAGUUGCUCUGGAACACCCUCUGCAAGCCAGGUUUUGGGUGUCAUGAACAGUGAUGCAUCUGGGAAAGAGGAGUGUGAUUCUGAUUUAACAAACGCUUGGUCUGAAGAGGAAGACGGCUUGGCAGACUUAUGUUGCGAGUACUCUGGUGCGAUCAUGUGUGAAAUCAACGAUGUUUGCUCUAGUAGCAGAACUUUAAAGGGAAACUUUCAAGACUCCUGUGCACCCUGUAAUGAAAAUAUUUGCAAUGACGCUUCAAAAACUGGGAGUGUGGAGGAUGUGAUGGAUGUGGUCAAGGCAUAUGAACAGGAUGCCAUUGUUCUGGAUGUGAUACUGGAUGACCCUGAUUUGUUUGGAAGCCCCAGCGAAGUAAUUAAGCCAAUACAGAUAUCCAGGGGUGCAGACAGCAAGAUUCAAGAAGUAAGCAAGGAUAAUCCUGUAAAAGCUGCUCAGAACCUCGGAACAUCAGGACACUGCAUCUCAAGAAAAAGAGUUGGUCAAGGACUGAAAAACAUCAGCAUACCCUUUCAGAGAAACAGGUCAUUGCUUGUAAAAGAUGAGAAAAGAAGUCUGAUGCCUGAUGGGGAUUCUUCUAUUGCCCAUAGCACAGAGUGGUCAGUAGAGGGGCCUUUUUCUGGAUUGGAUGGCUUCCAGAUGGAUAAUUCUGUGAAAGAACAAAAAGUGCCUCUCCUUUCAGUUCCAGGACCAGUACCCAUGGACCUAGACACAGAGAGUCAAGACCCUGUUGUAUUUGAGAAUUGUGCAAGCAAAGUGGGUACAGGACAGUGGAAUGAGUCUGAUCUGAGUGAAAGAAGUUACUCUGACCACAAGAUGGCAAACCCUGGGACAAGGCUUCCAGGAACUCCUGACAAGAUGUCCAAGUUUUCACCAGAUAUAUCGAAUUUCAAAUGUGCUGUUAAACACGACUCUCCAGAAAGUUGCAAGUGGUGGAACAAUCCAAGGCCAAAUACUUCUUUCAAUGAACCUGUAGAGCAGACUGAAUUGCCACCAGGUUACUGCAAGUUUUACUUCAAUACAAACCGGGGCUGUGUGAGAAACAUAUGUUGGUUUCAACAUGUGCCAAACAAAGGAGAUGAAAAGUUUUGCAUGAGAAUUGUACAGAAGUUUUUGAAGACUAGCAAUCCAUCUUUUUUGCAGCGUGCAGUUACAGUGUUUACAACUUACUACAGAAUCUCUCCUCCUGGCGUUCAUUUUAAUUCCGAAGUCAUGACCCGUCUGCUGUACAGAUUGCUUAAUGAGAGUCAGAUGAAAGAAGUCUUCACAGUGCUUCAAAUUGUUGUGCUGGUCAAAAUGUUGCCACCAUCAGAUCUUCUACUUCAAGUAUUUCAGCGUGUGACCUUAUUGGGCCUCAGAAAAGCAGUACCAAGUCUGAUUGAUGUAACAUGCAAGUGUGUUGAUGCAGGCUUGGAGCUCACGGUAGAGAACUUUAACUACAUGCAGCGACAACUUGAUCUACUGCAAGCACCAAGAGAGGAGAUUGAUGUCUUUCUAGCAGUCAAAUCAAGGUUACUGGAGAAACAAGCUACGAGAAAUGAGCAGUUUGAUCUAGAUGUUGCAGUUGCUGAAGUGGAGCAUUGUAAAGAACAGCAAGACUGGGCAAAGCUGGGAACAAUCUUCAUUAAUGUGUGCCUCGGUUACAGAAAUCUUGGUGAACUCAACAGAUUCUGUAGUUGCAUUGCAUCCUCACUUAUAAAAGAUGUAAAGGAAACACCUAUGAUUCCAUUCCGUGAAUUUGCAGAAAAAGUGUGUCAAGAACCCCAUGUAAGUGGAUUAGACAAAAGCUUACUUGGCAGGAUUGGAAUCUCUGUAUUGUUUGGGUACUACAAAGCACAGCAUUGGACCAAGGGAAGAAGAUUGCUAGAUACUUUGCAUGGAAUGAAGAUUCAUUUUUCAACACUGAAAGGGCUUCUUGGGAAUGAUUGUUAUGCAUCCAGAUGCCAGAUUCUAAAUAUUGCUGCAGAAAUCUACCUGAACAGUGGGAAUCUGGAAAAAGCAGUAUCAGUGUUAAAAGAAUCUGAUUGGAUAAUCAGCACACCCGUGUGGCCUUGUGACAACAUGGAUGUCCUGAACCGCCAUAACUUACUUUGUAGAAUGGCAGAAGAAAGUGCGAUCAAGAACUUGCACAGAGAAGCUCUUGAAGUUUUGAAAAAACUGCCAGGGCUCCAGAAUUUCUCAGAUAAUGUGGAUGUUUCCCGUUAUACAAUGAUAUUCAACAGACAUUUAAGUGCUUGCAUUGAGAACCAGAAUCUGGCUGUGUCUUCCAAUACUGUUGAUUUCAUGACUUCAAAAUCAAUUCCAGUGGAUUUUUCCUUGCUUAGAAAGUUAAUUUUUAAAUUAGGAAAAAACAGUCUUUGGUUGAAAGCUAGAUCCCUCUACAAAAGUGCUGUCUCGAUGGGUUGUUACCCAGCACUCCAGGGGAACUUGUACUGCAGAAUUCUUUCCAUUCCCUAUUCUCUGUCUGAGAUUGAGAUGAUGUUGGCCUUUGAAAUGUUUAUUGUUUCAAAUGCAGGCAACAUUCAGAACCCUAGUCCUUUUAAUCAGGCUCUUCAAAUUGUACUUAAAAGGAAAGAAGAAGAUGAUGUAUGUCUCAGUGACAAUGACUAUCAUGCAGCAAUGAGCAGACUAAUGUUAGCUGCCCAGAAUACCAACCCAAAACUGGGCAUCAAAUAUGCAACAGUAAAUGUUUGCAAGGAACAGGUGUUCACUUUAGAUCAUUUAUCAGCACUAAAAUGGCUAAACAAGAAUAUGAAGUGGGCAGGAAAAGUCUGGUUAUUUUCAUAGUGCUGGAGCAUAAAUUUAUUUUGGAGAUUACUUUUGUUUAAUUGAAGCCUGUAAAUAAUGUGCAGGUUGUUCUAUUUAAAAUAAAGCAAGAAUGCUCUAUUUUACACACACACAAAAAAAAACCUAAAUCUUAUUUCAAUUCUACAAAACAUAGCUUAUUAGUUUGCACCAGAAAAGUAAAGUGUGAAUUUCAGUUCUAGUACUGGAAGUUAAUCUUUCUGUAUGUUUAAGUUUAAAGAAAAGUUUAACUGAAGAAAAACACAGCUACUUUAGAGAAUGAGAGUUAGUUUCCUAGAUAUGAAAGAUAUCUAAGUUAGUACUGUAUAUAGUUAUUGAACUUACCAUUCUUUUUUUUAUAAUUUUAUUUUAUUCUAUCGAGAUUCUGCCAGUUUGAUUGUUAUAGGGUAAUUUAAUAAAUAUACUCUAUUUAAAAUUAGAAACGGAUAUAAUGGCUAUAUUGUUUAUAGAUUACAUCAAAGGGUUGGGCAUAUACAAGCACACACACCACACAUGCAUGCAUUAUGCAGAUACAGACAGAUGGUGCAUGCAAAUAUACAUUUUGAAAUAAGCACAGCAGGUAUGACAACAUGAUGCAGUGUUUUAUUUUUUCCAAUAGAAUGGCAAAGACAUUCCUGAUAGGCUUUAAAGUUUAAUUUAAGCAUGUUUGCUAAAAAGGAGGUAGGUGGUUCAAAAUAAUAAAUAAAAAGUUGAACAGAACUGAUUUGUUAAACUAUACAAUAACGGUCUGUUUUGACUGGGUAAUAAAGUUUUUUGUAUACAUGUAAUGUAUAUGUACAUAAGCAAUAAAGAUUAAUUUGUUUGGUC